GUCACAUAAGAUGGCGGGCGGUGGCUGAAACCAAAACAUAAUGAGAUGAGACUACAUUGUAACAGUAGCAGUAUGUGAGACUUCGCAGUCGUAAGGUCAAAGAGGGAACCAAGGUAUUGUGAAUGCAAUCAAGCUUAGGAUGUUAUGAUUGCCUUAAUAUUCUAAGAGAAACAUCUUAUUGCUGAAGUGAAGAAAAAACAGUACAUGUGGUACCAGUAUCUGGGGAUUAUGAAAUAUGCUGCUUAGACAGGUAGGUCAAACAGAAAGCAAUAAGUCACUGGGGAUUGAUAUCGGCCCACUAGACUUAUAACAGGAGCCAGGCAUACCAUCACCCGAGAGAUUGUAUCGUAACCUGCGGGUCAGACCCUCUUCAGAUUGAUUGACAGCUCCCAUAGAUGAGCAGAACCAAUCGCACGCUACUGUUGUAGAAUCUAAAGCCAAACUCGUGGAGACGGUACAGCCCAUCGUAAUAGAUUAUACAUCAUCAAAACAUUAGUAUGUCACCAACAGCUGAAACUUUUACCUACUCCUUACCGAGUCGGACACAUUCUAGUAGUAGUCAGAGGUUUGCUCAGCAAGCCACCUCGGGUAGCUUCCAGACUGCCCCACAUCAUGUGCCUGUGAGGGAGGAUAAUAGAAUGAAGAGCAAAAUGUCUCUAGAAUCUGUCGGAAUUCCUGGGGGUAAGGAUGAGGAUGAAAACGGAAUUGAUGAUGAUCACUUGGAUCUCGAUCCGGAACUUCGUGCUCGUUUUUUCAAGAAAGAACCUUGUCUGUACAGUCACCAGUGUUAUUCCAAGGCUGCUAAAGUUUUUUCUGCACUCAAACAUGACAGUAAGGAUGUGAGAGAAAAUCCCUACCUUAAACGUAAAAAUCAGGAUGCACUGAAGAGUAAAGUGCAGGACAUACCAGAACUUAAUUUCCAAGAUGAUACAGAAAAGAGACUGUCGUUUGAACUUGCCUUCAAAGCCUUAAAAUUUCAGAUGUUGUAUGAGGAAAUCUUGGACGACUGUGCCUUUUUUACAUUAUACCCAGAGCAUGUGGAAGAUAUGGGUCUUGUCAUGGUGAUCCUGUGUGAUUAUCAAGGGCGAAAGUUCCAGCAACGAAGCCCUGCCGUAGGGGAGGAGCUUAACCCAGUAGCCCAACAAGUGGAGGAUGCUAUUUCUGAAUGCAAGACCAAGCUCAAUGCCUGCUUUGCCCGACAUAGGAUCAAGGCAUCAGCACCAUCUAUAGAACACCUUCUGCCAGACCUAGUCAGGUCCAAGGAGGAAAUCCGCUCACAAAUGCCAAUGUACCUGUGGGUCAACCAGAACAGACUCAGUGUAUCAGAAGCAAUGGAGCUGUUUAAGGACGAGGGGUUCACAUUGGUGGGUUCUGAUGACUGUGUCGAAGGGAAGAAGUUCUGUGUCGAUUCCAUGUGUAGUGAUGUGUUCCAGUUUCCCCCAGACAAACGCGAGUACCUUCUCCAGCAUGACCUUGUCAUGGCUGGCAAGGUCGUUUUACAGGACAAGUCGAGUAGUAUAGCACCCCACUCUGUGAAGUAUCUUAUAGGGGAGGAUAGUGAUGUCAUCCAUGUCAACGUCGGGUCAGGGAUGACCACUGCCCAUCUGGCCAGUCUCAUGCAAACUGGCUCUGGCCAUGUUUGGGCAUUUGGUAACCGAACAUCAGCAUCACAGUUCCAAAAUAACAUGGAGAAACUUGGCAUCAAAGGUGUGAAGAUGCUUGCUGAACCAUUCCUCAAUGUUGAACCUGAUGACACACGAUUUAAAAAUGUCAAGGUGAUCCUGAUAACAGCUGAUUGUAGUAAAUCUGGUAUCACAAACCCUAUUGAUUUCAUCGUUAACGAGGGUGAAGACAUGAAAAUCUUGAAGGAUCUGUCAGUGGGGGAGACAGAUGAGAGUAAACUAGGAGAACUUGCCGGCCAGCACAACGAACUUCUCAAACACGCCAUGAAAUUUAACAAGACCCAAGCGGUGGUGUACAUGACAAGGUCAGUACACGAGUUGGAGAACGAGCAUGUGGUGACAAAGUCUAUAGAAUACAUCAACAUGCUGCAGAAGAGAUCCUUCCCGUACAGAGUAGUCCCCCCUGUCCUUCCUUUCACAGGAGACGCUAUAGAGAACAAGAUGGGGAUACAUGGGAAGUACAUCAAGUUCUUCCCCACAGAUAAAACAAGUGGAUGUUUUGUUACUGUGAUUACUAGAGAGCCUGAAGAUGCUAAGGAAGCUGCAAAGGACGUUCUGGCCCGAGCACAGGCAAAGGGUCUGCUGAGUGGCAAGAAACAGAAAGAACCAAAGAGCUCAUUUGAACACCUCAAUGGGGAGGUCACAGAAGGUCUGACCAAUGGCCACAGUGACAUAGACAGCAAACUACUACACAAACGCUCAAGGAAAAUGCAACGCCGUGUUCAGGUUCGAGGCACUGUAUCUGCACCCCAGUACAACAAGCUAUCAUCGUAUUCUAAACCUCACGCCACCAGCCCCAUACACAGUUACAUAGCCUCUACAUCACCCGCCAAACAGCGUUCAGCUAGCAUCCCCCAUACUACCACCCGCUCUGCCAUUUCUAUAGGAUCCCGUCUCUACCAUUCCACCACCAAGAACUCGGGUCCGGAGUUGGUGAAGCGAAAUAAACCUAUAGUGUCAGAGCACGUGAAGGUGGUCAAACAUCCGGCACCAUUCCGGUGACGGGUGUACAGGUUAUGGCUGAUGGCUGAUGGUCACAUGUUUACCGACUCACAAGUCGGUCACCUUGGGGCCUCACUUUGUAAUUGCAUGACUUUGCCAUGUUUGUUCACAAAAAUGUUUGGUUUAGACGCAGCAAGAGGAGGAUUAUGUACUGAAAUAAUCACCAUAUAUUCCACAUUUUCAUUAAUUUAUGAAAAUUUGUGCAUGUGAUAUUUGUUUUUUGAAUUGUGCAAAUAUAUUUAUUCUUUUUACAUGCUGAAUAGUUACUUCUGUUGGGAGAUGCAGGAAGGAUGGUAACGAGAAACAAGAAAAGAGAGAAGUUUACACUUUGAUUAAGCAUAUUGUUUCUACCUUUAAUUGUGUAAGGGUCAGUAGUGUGACAACACUGUCUGAUGUUAUUGUUAACAUAUCACUAUAUAUAUUAUAAACAAUGUAUUUGUUGGUUAUUUUCCUGGUCAAUGUUAGUAUGUUUAAAAAAAACUAGUCUUAUAUAGAAGGUAUUUUUGAUAAGACCUAGCUGACUGUAGUCUGUCAAGGCUGUAGAUUUAUACACUAUAGACCACAGUUCUGUACAUGGUUGUAGACCUACAAAUGCAUUAUCCCUAGGAAAAAGGUGCUAAGAUAUAAGGUGUAUAUCCAGGGUAGUAUUUAGGAGUGCUGUACUGCUGAUUUAUUAUUGUAUAUAAACCUGUGGCAAUAUGAAUAUCAUUUCAAAAUAUCUUGAGAAUUCUGUCCUACAUUUCACACAGAAUGCUCUCAUUUUUGUAGCAAAACAUUAAUUUCUUUUGAAUUAAAACAGUUUAACUUCAUUAUUAAGCCCGAAGUGUUCCUGACGUUGAUCGUCUUCCUUCAGUUCAUCUCUAGUUAAUUCUGACUUAUAAAUUAUGGUGUAUAUAAAGAGCUGAUGUUGUGUUUACACACAAGUGCUGUAGUCACUGGAUAUCAGCCACAAGAUUUAUACUGUUAAGUCAGGUAAUAACAUUUCAUAAAAGUUAUUCAAAGUUAUAAGUUAUAUACGUGUAUUUAUAAUGAACUUACCGACUGGUUUUACACCUCUAAAACUGUAAACAUAAAUUGUUAAUAAUUCUUAACUUAUUUUUAAUUGUUUGAGGGUAAGGGUAAAGAGCUUUAGUGCCUAUUUUUUUAUUUCUUUCUUUUUUCUAUUAUAAAAUUCAUAUCAAUUUGCUGGUUCUAUAGAUUUAAGAUGUUUAUUGUUACAAGUUAAUGUUCCGUCCAUCCCCUAUAUGUGCUUCUCUCUGUGAUAAAAUUACCUUUUAAUGAAGGUUUUUAUUUUGAAUAUUUCAAAACACUGCUGGUUUGUAUCUUUUACACAAAUCUGAAGUUGAAAAGUAUGUAGUUAAAUUGUUGCUUGAUUGUUUAAUGUUUAAUUUUGAUUCUGGAUCAAUUUUGAUCGAUGCAAUGUUCAUGUUUAACAUUACAUGUAUUUCUUUUUACAUUGUGUACUAUUCUCAUUUGAAAUCACAUCAGAUAUGUUUUUAAAAAUUAUUUCAGAUUACAAAAGAAAAGAAUUUUCUUUGAUUUCAUGUGCACCGAAGCUGUUUUAAAUGUUUGUUAUUUUACCUGAGGUUCUUAAAAGUUAUUAAGAAGCUUUUUGCAAUAUUUAAGCAUUGAUGACAUUUAUACAAACUGUUGUGCAUUAUAUCCACUUAAUGUGCAUGUAUGAUUCAGCGCUCACUGUACAAUGUGGGUCAUUGUGUCAGAAGGAUACUGUGCAUGCUUGCAUGAGGUUUGGAAACACCAUGGUCACAGUAGUGAGAUAUAUGUCACCAGUCACUGGCUGGACAUUGUUUACUGUUGUAUAUGACAGAUUCACAUCGUCACCGCAUUAAAUUAUUAUGUAAUUUCAUUAAAAUGUAUUAAAUAUUU